AUGUUGUCCGCCAGCGUCCGCCGCUUCACCACCUCCGCCCUGCGCCGCAGCCACUAUGAAGAGGGACCGGGGAAGAACCUUCCCUUCUCUGUGGACAACAAGUGGAGGCUACUGGUGCUGAUGUGUGGCUUCUUUGGAAGUGGAUUUGCUGCUCCUUUCUUCAUUGUGAGGCACCAGCUCCUCAAGAAAUAA